UCCGCGCCCUUCUAUUGGCUGCGAGGGGCGUCGGUCACGGCUCGUGACGCGCCGCGCGCCGUGACGUACCCCCCCACCCAGGAAGCUCCGCCCAUUUAUUCUCAACUCGGCUCUGGAGGGGAAAAACAAUUUCAAGAUGGCGGCGGCGCGGACAACAAUGGGGGGCCGGGGGUCCGGGCCGGCCCGCGCCUGAGGGCGGCGGCGGGGGGAGCGCGGCGGGCUCCGCCGGGCCCCGCGAGGCGGGCAGGGCUGAGGGAGAGCGGGGCAGCGGAGCGGCGCCGAGCUCGGGGCAGAAGGAGGAAGUGAGGCGGGGGGGAGAGGAGCGGGCGCCGGGCCGGGCGGGGGGAAGACCCGGGGCGAUCCCGGCGGGGAGCGCAGGUAAGGCCGGCGGGAGGGGCGGCGGCGGCCCCGCCAUGGCGGGCGCCGGAGCGAGCAGCCGGUGAGCGGCGGCGGCCGCCCCUUCGCCGCCCGGCCCAUGGUGCUGCCCCCCUGCCCCAUGGCGGAGUUCGUGGUGCCGCGGCACAGCGCGGUGAUGGAGCGGCUCCGCCGGCGCAUCGAGCUCUGCCGGCGGCACCACAGCGCCUGCGAGUCCCGCUACCAGGCCGUGUCCCCGGAGCGCCUGGAGCUGGAGCGCCAGCAAACCUUCGCCCUGCACCAGCGCUGCCUGCAGGCCAAGGCCAAGCGGGCCGGCAAACACCGGCAGCCGCCCCCGGCGCCGCCGCCGCCCGCUCCCCCUCCGCCCGCCGCCGCCGCGGGGAGCGCCGAGAGGAGCGGAGCCAACGGGCUGGACGGCGAGGCGGCGAGCGCGGAGCAGCAGCACGGCCGCAGCAGCGCCCUGAUCGCGCAGCUCCAUGAGACUGUGAAAAGAAAGCUUGAUAGUGCUGCUUCCCCUCAGAAUGGAGACCAGCAGAAUGGCUAUGGUGAUGUGUUUUCUGUGUCCAAGAAACUGCGUCGUGAGGAUGGUCUGGGAGUGAGUGGUUCUUCCAAUGGAAUGCCCCCUGUGUCUCCACUUCAUCACCUUGACAAGAAAUCUGGUACUGGUGACACCUUACAGCUUAAUGGGAAACAUCCAAUGGGGCUCGAUGGCAUCAGCAAGAAGUGUCUUCCAGAUUCCAGCCUGCAGAUGAACGGAGGUGGUGAUGCUGAUGAUUCAUUUCCUCUGAGUUUGAACAAAGAGCUGAAGCAGGAGCCUGUAGAUGAGCUUCCCUGUAUGAAUCCUGUAGCAGGGGGUUCUAUAUCUCAGAAUAACUUGAUGCCUGAUCUUAAUCUAAACGAGCAAGAAUGGAAGGAACUUAUUGAGGAGCUCAAUAGAUCAGUGCCUGAUGAAGACAUGAAGGAUCUCUUUAAUGACGACUUUGAAGACAAAAAAGAUGCAGAUUCUUCAAAUUCAGCUGCACAGACUCCAUUACCACAAGAUAUUAACAUAAAGACUGAGUUUUCCCCAGCACCCUUUGAACAAGAACAGCUGGGAUCUCCCCAGGUUAGACCUACUUCUUCAGGUUCAGCAUUUAUUGGUGCUGCUUCUGUACCUGUAAGUGCCGCUUCUACAACGGUUGUUAGUUCUCAGGCUAUGUUCCAGCCUCCCAGUCAGUCAAUGACUGAAAAUCCUAAUCAGCCCCUGCUGCAGGCAUCAAACCACUCUCAGAACAUCCAGAGGCCUGUGUUGUUACCUGGGAAGUGUGCAGGAAGUGCCAAAGAAAUGUCUUCUGCUCAUCAACUUCAGCAGAUUGCUGCCAAGCAGAAGAGAGAUCAGAUGUUGCAGAACCAGCAGCAAGCUUCACAAGUCCACCAAACAAAUCAGAUGUCGACGUGGCAACAGCCUGGGCCUUCCCAUAGUCCACUUGCUGUCCCAUAUACCAUGGAAAAUCCUACUAGCCCAUCGGUUUAUCAGCCAGACUUCAACAAUCAGAAACUCAUGAUGCCUAAUUUGGGCAAUAAAAGCUCCCCAAGAGCUGGAGGCAAUUACCAUGUGAACAUUUUGGGUCAUCAGCAAAACAGCUUGAACCAGAACCCUGUGAACAGUCAAAGCUCUAUGCUGGACUAUGGGAACACCAAACCUCUUUCCCAUUAUAAGGCAGAGUGUGAGCAGGGGGUGGCAGUGCCUGGGCAGAACAAGACUCCCAUGCUGGCAUACAUCCAGCAGCGCCAGCAGCCACCACUGUCCCACGUAGGUGACGACCAAAAUGGGAUGAUCCUGUUGAAACCCAAGCCGGGAAACAUCGCCUACCGACUGCCACAUGGUCAGGAUCAGAACCCUGCUCCUGCUGUUCCUCGUGUUCCUGUUUCGGUCCCAGGCCCUGGGGUGGGUGCCCAGGCUCCAAAUGUCUCCAUGGCAGGUAACCACAGCAACUCAGCUUAUCAGCAGCAAGCAGCAGUGAUGAAGCAACACCAAAUGCUGAUGGACCAGCAGAAACAGAGAGAGCAGCAACAAAAGCAUCUGCUCAUGGAGCAACAGAAGCAGCAAUUCCUAAUGGAACAGAGGCAGCAGCAUUUGCUGGCAGAACAGGAGAAGCAGCGGCAGCAGCAGGAGCAGCAGCUGCAGCGGCACCUGACGCGGCCUCCUCCGCAGUACCAGGAUCAGCCACAGAACCCGUACCAGCAGCAGGUUGGGCAGUUCACAGGGUCAUCUUCAGCCAUGCCCGGGGUCAGUAAUUUAGGACAGUCCAGCUCCGGCAGUCCUCGGCUGUUUCCUCAGAGCCAGAACAUGAUUCCCAUGGGACCUGGACACGCUCCUGUUGCUCCGCUGCAGUCGGGCUCCAGCCAGCAGGAGCGGGGGGUGUCUCAGUACCCCAGCAUGCAGAACAUGCAGCGUGGGGGGCUGUACAACCUGGCAGGUGGCAUGAGCCAGAUGGUUGCCCAGCACACGACUCCGAGUGCCAACGGACAGACCCCGAUGCAGAGACAGGGCAGCUUGGGCCAGGGCGCUGCCGUUCCUGCUGCCUACGGGCAGAACACCUUACCAAACUCAAAUAUUUCUCAGCAGCACAAUAAAGGUGCACUGAAUGCAACCUUAUCUAAGCCACAGAUGGCCAGAGUACCAGCUGCUAUGGGGGCUCAAAAUCCAUCUUGGCAACACCAAGGUAUCCCUAAUAUUAACAACCAGACGCAAGCAAACAGUGGCUUGGGACCAUUUACUGCCAACUCCUCUUUCCACAUGCAGCAGACACAUCUAAAGAUGUCCAACCAGCAGUUUGCCCAGGGAAUGCCUCAGGUAAGCCUAAGCACCAGCAGGCCCAUGACCUCGAUGAAUGCUGCCGUCUCUGGGCAGAUGCUGUCGUCCUCUUUGGCAGCGCAGCCGCGGACAAACGCACCCGCACAGCAGCAGGUACCCGCACAGCAAGUCCUGCCUGGCAUCAACCAGACUGUUCCAGACCUGAAUGCUUUCAACCAGAACCCAACUCAGCAAAUUCCCAACAGAGGAAACCUGCACUGUAGCCAAGGGUACCCUGUGAGGACGACCAGUCAGGAGCUGCCUUUUGCCUACAGCAGCCAGUCAGGCAAUAAUGGACUUCAGAACUUAACUGGUGACACAGAUCUGAUAGACUCUUUGCUGAAAAACAGGACUUCAGAGGAGUGGAUGAAUGAUUUGGAUGAGUUGUUAGGAACUCAUUAAAAUGGGGCUGGGGCCGGGGGUUCUACUUUUUUAAUUAUUUCAUGAGAUAUAAACAACUCUUGGACCAAAAAACCUGUGGCAUUGAGGAGACUUGCAGGCAUUAGAGGUAAAUGGUUGGGAAAAAGACUGGAGCUGCUUCUCACUGAGUGUUGACACGUGGUCACGGCGCACCAAGCAGGUCUGCAGGAGGAGUGCGCUUUGGCUGCGGUCUCUGAGGAGUCGCACACUUGAACAGGUCAAAAAAUACUGUGUCCUGGCCAGCCUUCCACAAAUCUCACUUGCAGUGUUCUAAGACUAAAUAUUUUAAUUAUUUAAAAACAAAACAAAAAUUCCACAGAACUAGUGCAGAAAGAACGCAAAUAGUUGCACAAAUUGUGUUUAGGGCUUAGUCUGCAGCUAUUACUUGCAAUAAUUAUUUGUUCAUAGCUUGACAUGCUGUUAUAGUACUGUCCAUCAAACUUCUGAUUUUUGUUUGAGAAGAGGCUGUAUGCAACUGAGUAUGCUUGCAAAAUGUUUGGAAUUGUUUCUUUUCCCCAUUGCUGAAGCAUGUGCCUGUACUCUCAGUAAGCAAGUGAUAUUUCACAGUAAAUAUUUCUAGAUGCUGGUAAUAGAUGAGAAAAAGUAUUAAAACCUGGCCAGUUAGUCUAGAUAGUCAUCUUCAUAGAUUUAGUCUUUUAAGCUGCAGUUUGCACUCUGUUGUAGAGAGGCACAGUUCUUGGCUUGUACCUUGCUGUGUUUAAAGGGGGAAUUUCUUAUGGGAGAACUUUUAAACUAUAGUAGGUCUAACAUGAAUUGUAAAGCCAUUUACUUUGCACCUGUUUCUUCAUAACUUAUUUCCAAAGGUAGUUGUAUUUAAAUGAAGGCUUUGCUUCAUGACAGCUCAUCUAGUUUUCUUUGUUGUAAAGAGUAAAACUAACCUUUGAGAACAGUUCGUCCCCCGAAGUUAGCAAUGAGCACAAGACUUUGUCACUUCAGGAUAAAAAUGAGGAAAAAAGAAUUUGGCUGGGAGGUGGAAAGUCCUUAUUAGCAAUAAUAGCACAGGCAGCCUGGGAGAAUACUUGUAUCAGGGUUGCUCCAAUGUGGAAGUCUCCCCUUUUAAAUGCUUUGGUUUUUUUUAAUACUGGCUUACAAGUUUGAUAAUCUUUCUAUAGACUGGUGGAUUUACUUUUUUAAUAUCCCUUGAAGCAGAUGCUGUUCUUCAGCUCAGCCCAAGGAGACCUCUUAUCCAUAAGUUGGGGUUGGUCCCAGAAAGGACAAAAACCACAAUGGGACCAGUAAAUGUUCCAAACUCCUGACUCUCUACCAAAAAAAUCCCUUAUCCACCAACAAACCACCUUGCCUUAAUGUUUAUUUUAAAAUGAAAAUAAAGUUGAAAGCUUUUGUUUUAAAUGCACAAAUACCUCUUCCCUUUCUAAAUCCACUUUCUUGGAAAACUCCUCUAAACUUUCUAACCAAACCCAGCAUUGUGAUUUAAAAGCAAUUUUCUUCAACACAGACUGGCUUCUCCAGGAGUUUUCUGCAUUACAGAAUUGUGAGAGAGGGUUUUUUCCAGAGGGGGUGAAGGGAAGGGAAAGAUAUCAUUGGUUUCAGAGAAGGAAGAUAUUUUACUGUAUCUGCAGCUCCUUUAUGAGACAAUUUGCACUUUUGAAAACUGCUUUUUUAACACUAAUACUUUAACCCUUUCCAAAUAUGCAUGGAACAUGGUUUGUCCAGCACACUUAGCUAGUGUGGAUGAAUUCCGCUCUGUUGAUCAGAUUUGCUAUUUUAUCAUGUUGAACUGUUGAUGAAAGAUGUGCAUUGAUCAGUGGAUCCCACCUCUAAACAGUGAAUAAAACUUCACUGAAGCAGA